AUGGGCGGCGGGGCUCGGGAGCUGGCCGGAUACCUGGCGGGGCUCACCGGCUGGGUGUCGGCGCUGGCAGCCGCCGUGCUGCCGCAGUGGCGGCAAAGCUCGUACGCCGGGGACGCCAUCAUCACGGCCGUGGGGCUUCACGAGGGGCUGUGGAUGAGCUGCGCCGCCCAGAGCACCGGGCAGGUUCAGUGCCGCCUGCACGACUCGCUGCUCUCCCUCGACGUUCACAUCCAGACAUCCCGAGCUCUCAUGGUCAUUUCUCUCCUCCUGGGUUUCUUUGGCAUCAUCGUGAGCGUGGUGGGCAUGAAAUGCACUAAAGUUGGGGAGGAGGAUCCUGUCACCAAGAGCCGCAUAGCUGUUGCUGGAGGUGUCCUCUUCGUUCUUUCCGGUCUGUGCACACUGGCUGCCGUGUCAUUGUAUGCAACACAAGUGACCUACGAGUUCUUCAGAGAGAGCACCAUCCCUAUCAAUGCCAGGUACGAAUUUGGCUCUGCUCUCUUCGUGGGCUGGGGGGCCGCCAGCCUCUGCAUGCUGGGGGGGUCCCUCCUGUGCUGCUCCUGCCCUGCCAAGGAGCGCCGAGGACAGCAAUACCAUCGGCAGUCACAGCCCUCCACAGCCCGGGACCCCUCUGUAAAACUGUGUCCUGCACCCCUCAGGGGAGAGCAGUGCUUCUAGGAUGGCAUCACCCAUGAGGUGCUGGACCCAGAUUUUGGGGUUCUCCUCCAAAAACAACAACCAAAAGUCACUGCUGUGAAGAUUGAAAAGGAACCUUGUGCUUUAAAACCAAAGAAACAAACAAACAAAAA